GCACUUAUAAAACGGACAACAAACCAUGAUCUUAUCACUACCAAAACGUAAAAACAAAACAAGAAAACCCAACAAGGCUUAUUAGAGGAACCGAGACAGAAACCUCACCUGGCAAAACCCACCUCAGAUUGCUCAAAAUCUGUUGAAACUAACCUUAAUUUGUUGUCAAAACAUUUUGUUUCUUAUUAGAACUUUGAUUUGUUAGAAGAGUUUGAUCACACCAAAACUCGAUGAGAAGCUACAGUAAUAUGGCUUCUUCUCUACCUGCUUUCCGGUAUCUUCUAGCUAUGCCACCUGGGAAGCAAAUCGGUACCCGGCCGUCGUCCCUGCAAACAAGAGCUGAGGGCUGUAGAGAUGAAGGAAAAUCAGGUAUUGAUGCAAAUAUGAGCAUUCUGAGGGAGAGGAUAGAAGAAGUUAGGAUGAAAGAGAGAUUGGAAAGGUGUUUCAGAAGUGAAAAUGGAUGGAAUUAUGCAACUGGCUACCAUUCCAAGCACAACAUUAGCAAGUUUUUUGAAAUUUCUGGAAUGGCUCUUGGAACUCUUGGCCUCACCAUUGGUACUGGGACUCUUUGCCUUUGCCUUUUUUCCCUCUUGGCUCAUUUAUGCCAAUGAAGAAAAGUGGCUUAAAGCAUUAGAUCAUGCAGUCCUUUCUCCUAUCUGUAAUAUACUAUAUAGAUAACUUUCAGAAUGAAAGUUCCUUACUAAUAUAUUAGGGGUUUUCAUUGCUUCUUGUUGACUA